UUUGGCUUGUCGGCAGCUGCUCAAGUCAAACACUCUGGCAGUUGCCUUCCAGCUAGCCAUGAGCAGCUUCAACUUUCUUGAUGACGAAGUGAGCGAGGUGGAACGAGCCAACAAGGACUUGGCACAGUUGGACCGCACGGCUGCCAAGAAGCCGCCUGCACAGUGGAGCGCCGCGCGCACCAAGAGCACCUUCGAGGAGCAGAGCAUGGUGGGUGAUCGUGCCGGUGCUCAGGGCGGUGGUGGUGGCGGGGGCGGCGGCCCAUCCCUGCCCUUUCGCAUCCGUGAGGUGAAGCUCUUCCCGCGCUCCAUCGGGGCAGAGCCGGUCUUCAGCAUUGCCAAGCCUCGGAUGUUGGAUCAGUGAGCGCAGACGAAGUCUCUAUCCGUAGGCCAGUGGAUGGGUGGCCCAAGUGAGACAUGGACCUGUG